UAGAUGAUCCAGCGGUAUUUCCAGUUGAAGUAUUCCCAUAGAGGCCGUAGAGUUUCCUCGUUGCUGUCAUUUGCCGCAAAACUUCUGAAGACAUUAGAAGAUUGUUCCUGGUACAUUAAAAUAUCCAUAUACUAACCAUUUGUCUCUAAAGAUUCCUUGAAAUCAGAAAUAAAUAAAAGUAACAAAUGAACUGCUAUCUAACUACAAACUCGCUUGUAGACGCGACAGGCACUCGAUCGUGUUACAUAAAAAAAAUCCGAGCUAUGGAACUGGAUCAAACUGGCCGACAUUCUUUAGAUAAUUUUCAAUUUUAAUGCGCUUCUUUCUUUGCCUGUUUUAUAUGUUCCAUCGUCGCUAUUCGAACUGCCGACCACUAAAUUCUGCACGGUAUAAUCGCAUAAUUUGUCAAACAGUAGAAAACUCGUCACUUUUUGAGAGGCUGUCGUGCAUAUUGCACGCGUUGGCGAAAGGUUACCAAGGUUACAAAUCCAAUUUCGGAUUUCACGUUCCUUUCGACCGCGAAAUCUGGCAAAUCUAGGAUCAAAAAUCCGUUUUUGGAUUCGCCGAAAGGAACACACCCUUAAUUCUCUAGCAAACUAGAACUGUUAAGAACUACCAUCCCCCGCCCCUCCCCCUCUUUGAGCGAACUUUCAUUCGGUCUAAUUCCCAAUAAUUUUCGAACGGUGACAAAGUAAAAUUUAAAAUGACAUUUUAUUUUAGUAUUUUUAAAAGCUCCUUCUUUUUUUUCCGAUAGCCAGGAAUGUUUUGAACGUAAAGGCUCAAGUGUCGGUGUUUUUCACGACUCUGCUUGUGGACUGACCUCACCACCAGUAUUACAUGACGGACAUAAAAUCUGAUCCGAGAGGGUCAUACAGUAACUGACGGGUCUCUGAAAAGCGAAAUUCAGUCACUUUGGGGCAAGCAGGCUAUAUAGAUGAUGAACUCACUGUUUAUAACUCCAUUAGCGUAUCCCAAAAGUCGACCCAGUCCGGGGCGAGCGAACAUCAUUUUGGGGCCACUGGCCACGCCCUUAUGUUUGGCUGGAAAUUGGCUGAUUAGUCAAAUCUCCUGAACUCCACGAACAUGCACCUUUACAAAUAUUGCCCUUCUAAUCAUCAUAUAGUUAGAGCCUCCCGUAAGCAUUUGCAACUAUUUUGUAGAGGACUGUUUAACAGUUUUCAUUACUUUGAUGUCUCGUAAACAACACGAGGUACAUGUUCUGAUCUCCCCGCUCUCGCCGCCCCUCCCCCCACCCCAUCCAUAACAAAAAAUUUUCAGACCAACACUGAAGGUAUGUACAAAAAUAUGACCAUCUCGAGGCAAGGUUCAUCACUGUAACUUACCACAUAAAUGCCUUUUCGUUGUUUGCCAUUGACUGAUUCUGUUCUAAAUACUGAGGUCCCAUAAACAACUCCACGUUUAGAAAGAGCCCGUCCUUUUCAAUCCAAGAAAACCCAAGUAGUAAUUUCACCAACGGACAUAAGCCGUAAAAAAAGGACCGCGUCAAAUGGUUCAUAAAAUCACAAACGCCUAAUGACACCUUUAAUUCACUCUUUCUUCGAUAAACUAAUUUCUUAAGCAUAAAUGACGUCAGCAUGCGCGAUUAUGAGCGUUGUAGCUUAUGAACAGAAAAUUUAACCAAUGCACAUGAAAGCGCUUAAAGGGAACCUCCACUCUUACUACAGAAUAAGUUUAAAUCGAAUAAAAUUAUGUUGAUAAACAAAUUUUUUCGAAAUUUGUCCUUAAAAAAAGUGUUUAUAUCAGGAAAAGUGAAUUUUAAAAUCGCUUAUUUUCACUUUCAAAUUUCGCGGGCGCCGCCAUCUUGAAUAAUUGUGACGUGUUACGGUUGCUCUAUUGUUCUGACACAAAGAGCUUUUGUUUAAUAACAAUAGGGCAACCAUAACACGUCACAAUUAUUCAAGAUGGCGACGCCCGCAAAAUUUGAAAACAAAAAUAGGCGAAUCUAAAAGUUAUUUCUUUCGGAUACAAACGCUUUCUUUAAAAAUAUUUUAGAUUGACUUGACUGUAACAGUUAUUUCCUGUGAUUUAAAGUUAUCUUUUUGUUGAAGUGGAGGUUCCCUUUAAGACGGGGACUUGGGGGAAUUAGGAACAUUGUGCGUACCGCUGGAAAAAUAUUGGCUAGUUCUUUGAAUAGACUCAAUUAAAACCGUUUUUGUUCAGUAAGGAGCUGUUAGAUGGGGCCAAGCUACAUAAAUUAGAUCGUAUCAGAAUACGGCACAGGACUAGGCCUCUCAAAAUCGAUAAGCAUGCAAGACCAAUUAUUAUGUAAAGCAGAGGAAAAUUCCUUGAGGUAAAAAAUUAUGGCUAGGGAAAAGAUCCGAAGGUGGAAAGUUAGGAUCGUAGCUUCUUUUCAGGUAAUCGAUCAUUUACGUUAACUUCCGCUAUCCGAUGGGUAUAUCGGAAAGACUGAAAACACUCAAUGGAUGAGAGUAUAACACACAAGAAGAAACAAAUUUGUGAUUUUUCACAACUCAAUAAAAUAACUAAAAAUGUGUACUAGUCAGUUAUAUAAGAUUUUUGUUUUUAAUUUCAGAUUUUUUACGAUAGAGCAUUAGCCCUCAGACUCACUAGACACUACUUCACAAUCAUCGUGUUAAAAUCAGUGAAAUACUCCAUUUGCAUGGCGUACAAUUUGGAUUCCUACCCUUAUACCUUUAUUAAAAAUUAAAUUUGGGAAGUUUGUUGUUUUCUAAAAGAAGUUUGAACAGCCGAACGGCAUUUUUUACACGGAGUGGGAAAGGCACAGCUUCACUUUUCUCUUCUAAGGUAGAAAGUGUCAGCAAAACGUGAGAGUCGUCCUUGAGGGUAAAGUGUCUAACCUAAUUUUCUCACCGAUUGCAAGUGCCAUUUCAUCCACGCAUAACCUCACCCAGUUAACUGAAUUAUAGCAAAUGUAAUGAGGAAACGUUACAAGAGAACUGAGUAAGAAGUUAGGGUAAGUUUUGAAAAUUGUGCGCACACCUGGGAAAUCUUGGCUACGCUCCUGAUAGAGACUUUUGCUGGAGACAAAUUGAAACGUGCUCGCUAAUAUAGUGACGACCAGAAAGGAAAAGCGAUAGGAUAGUUCCAUAGAAAACCCGCCAUUAAAAUAGAUCAUGAAGUUGUCGAGGCGGAGGAUGAACUUGAAGGCUUCUGAUGAAGAGCAAUUUUUCAAGGGAGCCCAGACAAGAUUAUGUACGAUGGGCACAGCUUGUUAGAUCCGGAAAAUUUAGAGAAGCUCAAGGCAAAUCGCUGGACAACACAUGCUAGAGCUGAAAUAAAAAUCUUUUGCGCUUUUGAACUCUGCCACUAAGGAUAAAGGAGAAAGUUUCCCUUUAUCAAUGCAUUAACCAAGUUGAUUAUGAAUGUUUCCUUAUGUUGGACGUCUUACUAACAAGCACAUUACCACUACUUGUCCUCAGAGGCGUUUUUGAGUUGACGAGCAGAGAAAAUUAGGUUUUGACGGUUUGAAAUUCAGGAUGCCAGAGUGAAGACGCCUUUUGUAUUAUGACGUCAUCGUCCUACAGUAAAAAGCGUUCGUUUUUUACCACUGAUAUUACGUCAAUCGGUACGCUCAGUAUGUUUUCGAAAGGUCCGUGAGCAUGGUAAAUGAUUUCACAUUAACUGCAGACACAUCUUCAAUCACUCCUUAUUGUUCGCGAUAUUGGAUAAACACUCUGGUCGCUAACUGGAUUUUCUUUGCUGUUUACUUUAUUUUGAAUUAGGACUGUCUUGAGUUGUCCAUAGCGAUUUUAAGCUUUUUCAAGGAAACGAAAAUCUGGAAUUGUUCCUAUAGGGUGAGGCAUUUGCGCACAGUUUUAAAGCCCUUCGGUGGGAUGGCUGUGGUUUUUGUAGUCCUGGGCUCAUCCCUCAUUCUUCUUAACCCCUUCCAAAUCAAUUUUUCUGUUUAUCAAAAAGCCCUUUAUGGAAAGACAAAGAAUCUCCUCAAACGGGCUUCGUGAUUGAGACAAAAUACCUGAAAAUUGUGCACGUAACCGUUGUUAAUGGUGUACAAGGUAGAAUGAGUCUAUUUAUUACUUGGCCAACGCCCAAUUUUAAAACCGGAAGUAAUGAUGUUUAUUUCAAGGGCUCAUGUCUCAUGAGCUUUGACUGAAUCUUCAAACGCUGUAAAUACAUUUAGCUGGAACUAUCAUCGCAUCCUCGCUCACUAAUAAUGAUAACUUAUAUCAACUUCCAUUAUUUAUUGCCUGGCUAAGAUUUUCACGGAUUCUUCAGUUCGGUUGUUUGAAACCGGCGGUUUCACGUGAGUUGUAACGCCAUGCAAGGAACGUGACGACCCACGAUAUGCGUGGGAAAAUAUUAUUUUUUUUCCAUCAAGGUGGAAACUGGCAUCUUUGUCGUCGAGUAAGGUAAUACAUCUCAAUUUUGAUUACUAAGGUUAACUUUAAAGGCUCUGGUUUCGAUAAAGGAACUGGAGGAAGUCAGGAAAAUUCCAGUUCGACUGUGAUGGAUACAUUUUGUUUGCGCGCCGUAGCAUAAACAUAACAAAUUCAUUUUCCUUUUCCUUGUACAAUCUGUUUUUUCAAUCUGUUUUUCGCAGCAGAGUUAUCGAUUAUAUUACAGAGACUAAUUUUAUUACACAUAUCACUCAGAUUUAAUGACAGAACUCUAUUAUCGAUUGUAAUUUUGGCAACACCUGGCGAGUAUUCGGUGUAAAGAUUAUUGACAAAGUCGCUAGAAUACUCUUCCAUUCAUUACUUUUGUUUCUGCUCCGUUAAAUUUGCCCAAUUUUUUUAUUAACGAACUCGAUUUAACUACAAACAAUGAGUAUUCAGGCAGAGUGGCAAGCUUCAAUGCGAUGUGGCAAAAGAGAUACACGCCUUUAAAAUUCUGUUAAUUUUGCGGGUGUAAAAAAUUCAAAAAGUAUACACACCAAAAGUUUAAUCGAUCGUUGCGAAAAUGUUAUCAAUUUCAAAGUAGUUUCUAAAAAUACAAUAAAGAGGGAUUGUCCUUUCAAUGUGUAUCGGCAAAGGAAGAUUGGCUUUGAAGACAGGGUUGUAGUCAAGGUUCAAAAGCAGCUUCUAUUAACCAAUAUGGAGGCCGUGGCAGGGUAAAUUCCGACAAGCGACAUGACCCAAAAAGUAGCGACAGAGCCUAAAAUGAAAUGGCGACAAGCGACAACCUCCCGCUGCCAAAUUGCGACAGUGACGGCAAAGCCGAGAAUAUGCGACAAAGAACGGUGGUUUGGCUAAUUUAUCACCAGUCUGAAUGCCUAGAAGAAGUAAUUUUCGUCAAUUUUCCUUGCGCUUCAGAGGUUGUCUCUCGUCAGGGAGUUUCAGUAGACCCUCCUGAGCGCGUCGCGCUGGCCCUUCGCGUAGUCUUCAUUUACGCAACCCCGCACAACUCCUGGGAGACCUUGGGACUAGGUUGUACGUAAAAUAGCUUAAUUUACGCUCGCUUUACAUCUCUUGUAAUCACUACUUUCAUAUAGGCCAUGACGCACCUUGUUUUCCCCCUCAGAAUUUUGCAUAACCAAUGUUUCCAAAUUCUCCAGGGUAUUACAGUCGUCCUAAGAGAAAUGGUUAUGCGAAGUUUUGGUGGGUAAAGAAGGUGAAUUAUGGUCUAUGUGAAAAUGGUGAAUACUUUGCUUGUUUCUGAACUUCUCAUAUCCUUGUCGACCUCUGUCGGACGAUGACGACGGUGGAGAGACCAGGGACCAGGUAACUUAAACACGACACAGCGUAGACCACCGUUAACCGGCCUUCACGUACGAUUUAUCAGGUCAGUUAGUCUUAAAAUGUUGAACGUGGAUCACUUAGGGUGUGCUGACAGUGUUCCUUUAAGCGAAUCCAAAAACGGAUUUCUGAUCCCAGAUUUGCCGGAUUUCGCGGUCGAAAGGAACGUGAAAUCCGAAAUUGGAUUUGUGACCUUGGUAACCUUUCGCAAAUGUGUGCAAUAUGCAUGACAACCUGAGCGUCUCAAGAAAUGACAUGUUUUCUACUGUUUGACAAAUUAUGCGAUUAUACCGUGCAGAAUUUUGUGGUCGGCAGUUCGAAUAACGACGAUGGAACAUAAACAGAUCAAGAAAGUAGCGUGUUAAAGUUGAAAAUUAUCUGAAGGUUGUCGGCUCAGUUUGAUCCAGUUUCGUUGCUCGGUUUUCUAUGUAACACGAUCGAGUGCCUAUCGCGUCCAAGAGCGAGUUUGUAGAAAGAUAGCAGUUAUUUGUCCCUUUUACUUAUUUGUGUUUUUAAGCAAUCUUUAGCGACAAAAAUGGUCAGCACAUGGACAUUUUACUGUACCACCAUGAACAAUCUUCUAGUGUUUUCAGAUGUUUUACGGCAAAUGGCAGCAAUUAGGAAACUCUACGGGAAUACUUCAACUGGAAGUACAGCUGGAUCAUCUGACUAAUUUCGAAUCCACUGUGAAUGGAACAGCGUAGAUGACUAAUCCGUUAAUCUGGAUUCGGAUUCUUCGGAUUUCAAAUCCAAUGUGAAUCCUUUUUCAAAAAGGAUUCACCAGAUCAAAAAUCCGAAUUUGGAUUUGCCGAAAGGAACGUGAAAUCCGUUUUAAGAUCCAAAUCCGUUUCUGGAUUCACCGAAAGGACCACACCCUUAAUUGUGAAUGGCGAUGUAUAGGUGUUCUAUACGAGAAAGGUUAUCUGAGAAAUUGCUCAACUGUAAUGGUUUCUUUAAAACCCAUCGCUAUCCCCCUUUUCUAAAAUUCCGACAAAGACAAAGAAUUUUCGUUCAAUUCCCGACAGCGACGUGAAGCAUUAAUAAACACCGACACGAGACGUUUUAAAAUUCAGACGAGCGACAUGGGAGCCCCCCCUGGCAGGGCCUCAAUAUGGCGCCGGUCCGAGGCACCCAAAAACCGGCCAUGUCGAUAAUUUCCGAAAUAGGAAGAAUUAGAACCUAAAGUUACCUAUUCCUUAUUAAAGACCCCAAAGCAAGUCUACUUGCCAAUUUUUAGCCAAUUCGGUGAGAUAGUGUGGCAGCGACUUUUCAAUAUAGCUCGAAUCUUACAGACAACUGCUCUUAAACGAGUCAUUUCGAGAAAGUUGGUCAAAAUUUCUGACUGCCGGGUAACUAGUUUUUUGAAAACAUUUCCCGGCUGCCGGGUAUCUAGACACGAGCUAAAUUGCAUCCUUUGUAAUUCGCAAAAGUCGUUAAGACUAGAAAUCUGGCAAACGUGCACGACUCUGCAGAUUUAUCCCCAUGUGCGACAAACGCAGACUGCAGACUGGCAGGUAAACGAGGUAAACAUCGUUGUGAAAUGCUCUAACAGAUUUCCUAUCCCUAAAUAGAAUUUUAGAAGACUUAAACUUUAGGGAUAGGGAAUCUGUUAAAGCAUUUCACAACAAUGUUUACCUUGUUUGCCUGCCAGUCUGCAGUCUGCGUUUGUCGUAGACCGGAUUUAUCCUAGUCUUGUGUCUGAUCGCAUUUAAAACGCAUUUUUGACUUUCUGAUUAAAGUAGCGUUACUAUAAACCUACUCUUACAAAUCUAGAUUUAUAAUGCGCCCAUGUGCCCCCCUGGCUAACCUCCGGGCAUUAGCAUUUUGUUGCUGAAUUCCAGGGUGCUUGUACAAUUUAGCUGUGAAAUGCCCCAUGGUGGGAAUGAAAAAUGAGAGCAAAUAUAGGGUGGCAAAAGGGUUUGCCGUGACGCGUGAUGAGACCCAAAUUAUCAGUGUCAUGCAUGAUCUGGCCCAAAUUAGCCUCGUGAGGUGUGUUUAGGCAUUGCAGUGUGCUGCACGAUUUACUAUUUUCACAACACAUGAUGCGUGAUUUUCCUUUGAAAUUUUUGUGAUGGUUAAUAUCAUUUUAAACUAGAAGCAGAGACAUAAAAAAUACAUAGUUAUAGCACCAACUUCUUGCCCUUUCUCUCGUUCCUCGACCUCUGAUUUCCUCAGAUCAAUUGAUAAUAGAACACUUGUUCAUGUAGUUAAUAUUUUACUUUAUUUUUCAAUGGUGCAUGAUAGCUUGAAAAAAUUGGCAUGAUGCGUGAUAGGUACCCCCCCUUUUCCACCCUGGCAAAUGCCCUGCCCUCAGUCAAUACUGCAGCAGUUUUCAUUAGUCACACAGUCGAGUAGUGGGCCACUUAAAGCACAGGAGGCCUGACUCUGUGGGAGUUCGUUUGCCUGCGCCCAGGAGCGGACACGGUGUAUCCCGAGUAGCAUGGUGGGAGGGUCCUUUGGUCCAUUUGACCGUGACAAAGCAUGCCAAAACAUCACACCAGCGCCUAGCUAUUUGCACAACUCUGUCUGCAAUUUGCUAGUGCAAAAAAUUGCACAAGAAAAUUGCAGACAAGAGUCUGAUUGGCCUAAAACAAUAUUGUAUUUUAGCUUUAUCUAAAAUGCCUAGAUAUACUGCAAAUUACAGUUUCCAUGUUAACAAAAAAUUGUAUGAGGUCAUGUCUAAUAGCUUCUAAAACGUGUAGUAGUGGAGGAGUAGCAGACCUUAAAAAUGUUAAGAAAAUGUUGUACACAUUUUCAUUCAAUCUUUCAUGUGCAGGUGCAGUCAGGGUGGAACUCUGCUCAAAUCUAAUGGAAGGUGGAACAACUCCAUCUUUAGGCAGGUGAACUUUCUAACAUUAUCCAGCAUAUUAGAAGUUAAGGUGUGACUAUAAAUCUCUAUCGUCUUUGGGUGACUAGGAAACCUUUAGCCUUUACACUUUCCCUGCUCUUUGUAUUGAGCAGACUGAAUUUAUAGGUUCAGAGCUUAUUGGCUGCUUAAUUUUUGAGAUCACAGCCUUGAAAAGCAUAACAAAAUAGUGAAAUGGCUAGAAAUGGGUUAAGGAUGUAUAACAUUUUCCUUGCUUAUACUGGGAGGUCACUUGUCACAAACUGCAGAUACUACCCACACUCAUCUUAUGAUUUGCUCUACCUUUAUUUAAGUAAUAAAUUAUAGAUAUGUACGAGUAGUUUUUAUUAUAUUUCCAUAAUUUUUCUUUCUUUUUUCUGCAUAAUAGGAAUGUUUAAAAUCAUCAAAGAGAAAUCACCAAUUCCAGUAUUUGUGAUGAUCAGACCAAGAGGUGGAGACUUUCUUUACUCAGCAGCAGAGUUUGAGGUUAUGAAAGAAGAUUUGAAAUUAUUCAAGGAGGCUGGGGCAAAUGGUGUUGUAUUUGGAAUUCUCACAAGGUAUUUAAUAUAAUUCUCAUAAUAAUAAUAAUUAUUUUAUGUGCAUAGCUGACACUUCCAUGAUGAUUAGAGAGCAAUUUUUGCUGGUUUAGGAGCUUCUGGAGAAGUCUGAAUACAGUUAAUAGUAAUGUUAAUUACAAUAAAUUAUGUUUGUUAAGUUGUAUUAAUUUUAUUAUCACAUAGAUUAAAUGUCUCUGCACAUACACUGUAACUUGAUAUGUGUUUUUCUUCAGUCAUGGUGAGGUGGAUAUCUCAAGAUGCAAGGAACUCAAAGGUUGGCAUACUAUUUAAGAAAAAGAUGUAACUAUCACAAUGUCAUUACCAGCAUACAGGACCAAAAAAAAUUCUUGACUCUUUCACUGGUAAUAGUCAUCCACAGAUUUAAAAGUUAGAAUGACAGAGUCACAUUUAACUUGAAGCAAUGAUCUCCCAAAGACUGGUUGGAUGCUCUUCCAAUGUGGAGCUAUGGAGAAAACAAGAAGGGCAAUUAAACUAAGUCAGGCAGUCUGCAUACUGUUGUAUAGUGAAGCCCGUUCUUUAGUACUACCUGAUUGCAUAAUGUUUUUGAAAAAAAAAAUGUGUUUUAUCGCAUAAAAAACUUUCAUACUGAACAAACUGAACUUUUCCUUCCCCAGAGCUAGCAAGUCCAUUGCCAAUGACUUUCCAUAGAGGUACAUUUAAUUUAUGUAUUUAGCACUUAUUGGACUAUUUUACCUGCCCUGCAAAAUGGUUUCUUAUUUGGGAAUCCAGUGAAAUAUUAAUUCAAUUUAAACAUUUACCUUAGAUCAUUUGAAUUACAGUAAGAUUACUUGACAUGCAUGUCGGUAUUUUCCAGACGAAAAAAAGAUGUUUUCUAGAGCAGGUUUUCCACGGCAAGUUUACUUUUCUCUUUUUUUGGUAAUUUAGGUGGAAAAUGUGACAAAAUUUUCCUUGGAAAGGAAAAGCACGGCCAAUUGUUUUUCCUCCUUAGUUGUCAAAUGGUAUACCACUUAUUAAGGAGUUAUUCCUAAAGGCCCGGCUAAACGAUUUUAAGAUUUUCCUACACUAAAGGCCCUCUUUCCAAUGGUGUCGACAGAUUUUCCCUAACUUAUCCAUGUCAAAAGUUAAAAAAACCAUGAAAAGGUCUAUUUAACACCCGGGAUUUAACAUUAGUUAACUUACGCAACAGUACGGGAAAGGAAAGGAGACGGCCAACCUUGUGUGAAAAGCGUAACAAUAAUGUUGUUUGAAAUACCUUUUCGCCAAACUUAACUUUCCCUUUAAACAAAUCUUUUUGUAAAAGACCAGAAACAUUAAUGUUAAGUGUGGCCUGCGUAGCAAGCGUUCCGCGCGAGUUCGUCGAGAAAGCUGGGAUGAGAGCUCUAACUUUCGCGCAAUAACUCGAUUGGAAUAACGCUUGCUACGCAGGCUAUGUUAAGUGAAGAUCACGACCAAUCCUCUUCUUCCUGCCGUCCUGUUACGUAAACCAACUACUGUUGGAUUUUAUAGGGUUGAACGCGGUAGCCAAACGAGUUCAAAAUUGUCGAAAUUUUUGAGUCGGUUAUUUGUGCAAGGAUUUUCAUUAUCUGUUCGGACACGUGUUCAGGGCGUGUUCAGUACUCUUGGCAACGCCCCCCUGCAACUUGUCUGGGCACAAAAUUGUGAGGGAAGUUGCAAGAUAAAUUAGCUGGUGUAACAGGACGGCGACGGUAACGUGCGUGUAAGCAUCGCAAAAGCAAUGGCUUUAAUGAGCAAAACAAAACUCAACAAGUGCGUUAUACUUUUUGUUACAUUUAUUUUCUCUGUCGUCACUGCACAACUACUAUAGUAAGCCAGUACAUGCAGAUGUGUUUCCGGUCGUCGCCUCUGUCCAAAUACGCAUGCGUUCGCGGGCUACGACUUGUCGACUUUAAUUGUCGACUACGAUAUGAAGUUGUCUGCCCAUGCGUUAGCACAGGGCAUGGGGUGGGAAAUGGGAAGAAAGGGAGGGGUGUACAUGUAUAUGCUCUUAACAAUUUUAAAAUUAAGUUUUAAAAUUAAUUUUGCUCUGUCACAGCAUUUGACAUGGUGAAGGAUCCCUACACGUCAUUAGAGAUUAUCAUUAACUUGGGCUUUGAACGUAUUUUGACCAGUGGACAGGAAUCUUCAGCGUUGGAGGGAUUACCAACCAUAAAAUAUCUUAUUGAAAAGGUAAAAAUGCACUUUCCAUUUCAUGGUCGUUCUUUGCAGAUAAAAUUAAAAGCUUGCAAUUUUCGCAGCUACUUAAAGGAGUAUCACGAAAGUUAGGUAAAUUUAAACAGUGUAAACUUGCUACCAUAUUAAGCGAUACAUAAAACAGUGAUAAAAAACCGCUCAAAACACAGCAAAAACAAAAGAAGGCACGUAUGGACAAAUUGAAGAAGGUUAAAUGACUAAAGUACAAUCGAGGUUUUAGGAAACUUGUUACACAAAUGACAUUUUUUACUUAAAAUCGAUCGCUGCUAAGUACACAUAGAAGUCCACGUAAGCUACGGAGUCUCAAGUAUUUUCACAACUGGUUGUAGCAAAUGGGGAAUGUUAUUGCGGGCGACAAGAGGAGCCGGCAAUCCUAAUCUCCAGGUUGCUAUUACGCAUGCUUGGCAAGUAUGUAGCCAGCUUCGUUUGGACUUCCACUAAGAAUGAAUGGAAUGUACAGAACGCAAUCUGAUCACACCUUCUGUCACUCGUUAUGUGAUCACGCGUGUUUAGACCAUCUAUUACGUGAAACUUUUAAGUACAACUUUAAGUACUGCAAAGUACAGCAUUGGUGCAAAGGCGUUUUGACCUUGGAUCGUUGUCGCCCGCACUCCCUAAUCUUCAGUUUUUUACUAGUUCUUUAUGUUCUUAUUCACUAGAGAAGAUUGAGUUUCAGUAAUCAACAGUUUUAUAUUAAAAUUUCACAUCCCAUAGGCUAGUUUCGAUCCCACAAUUCAAAAAAGCGUUUUCGGUUGUCCUUUCAAUGAACUCUUGGCAAUUUCCCGCUAGCAGGAAAAGUUAUGAAAGUUAGUGAACUAAGGCAUACAAUAAAACAGAAGGGGACGUCUUUAGAAAGAUUUAGACGAUGUCCACCUGGCGAAAAAUUGAAAGUAUUGUUUUGUUUCUCUCUUACGUAGGCCAAAGACAGGAUCAUUAUCGUCCCGGGUAAGAUUUUACUUUCAAAGUACAAUAGGUACCAUUUUUGUCUUCUUAUGAUGAAGAAUCAAAUUAAAACUCUUAAACCACGAGGCAGAGAAAAUUUCUAAUAGGGGAGUGAGCAAUGUGUGUCAUUAUGUUAAUCCAUACCUGUUAAAAUGGAAGAUAAAUAUUACCUAAAUAUAAUUCUAAGAUAUUACUGUGAAUAUAUGUCGAGUUUUUUUAAUGUUUCUAUUGAUUGAAACAGUAUUAUCUAAGAGAAUCGAAAUAACAGUGAUUUCAUACUUACGAAAAAAUAAAAAAAGAAACAUUGAAGCACCCGUUUCUCUGUUGAAAGACUAGAAGUUUUGGAAUUUUCAUAAAUUACGGAGCGCUUUGGACUGAGAAAAAUCUUCACAUUUGAUCAUAAGCAUUUGGACCGACCUAAGUUGCUUAACGAAGUGCUAAGAGCACCACUUUAGUCCACUGAUCCUCAAUGCAAAGCAACUUAGUUUUGUAAGUUUAAAACCAAAGUUCAACUUAAGUUAUCGAAUUCAGUACUUAACUUCCACUUAGAGAGUUGCUGCACACAGAAUUCUGGCAAAACAGCAAUCGUCCAAUUCAGGACGAAUUCAGGAUAAAGGUAGCCCUGUGAGCAAGCCCUCCAUUUCGAGUAGCCUUCCACGCAGACCUUCUUAGGGGUUCGUCACGCGUUCCUGCCCCACCAAACGUGGGGCAGGAACGCGUGACGAACCCCUAAGAACGUCUGCGUGGGAGGCCGCUAUAUUUCGAGUGACUUUUUGAGUGCCGUUCACGCGUGAUUUCUCGCGACUCCCCCAGAUGGAGAGCUUGUUCGUGGACUAGGAUAGAGGCCGCACUUAUUGGAAGGAAACUAUUAAUGAAUCGCGGUUUUGAUGUUCCUGAUUGUGUUACAUUUUAGAAGAAAAGAAAAUACUACAGAUUUGUUUUAAUGUAUAGUUUUUAAGUUGGAAAACCUGGUUAAACAAGAUUAAUAUGGCGCGGACUUAUUCUCUUAGGUGGUGGGAUAACCGAGCGCAAUUUGGAACGGAUAUUACUGGGGUCUGGUGCCAAGGAGUUUCAUUGUUCUGCACGACACUCUGUUCCUUCUUUCAUGGAGUAUAAAAACACCAACACUUUCAUGGGUGGAGUCCUUCGUCCGCCUGAAUUUGUCAACAAAGUGACAAGCUACGAGAAUGUGAGGAACUUUGUUUUUCUGGCAAGAUCGGUGUUGACGUAGCAAAGAAUUAGCAAAAGAAAUGAUAUAAUUAGCAAUUAAUGAAUGAGGCUGAGUAGGAUAUGAAGAAUUAAGCAGAUCGAGGAGGGUGUUUUCGGCCUCGAUGGAUAACAGCCUCCGGUGCCUUAACCUGCAAGAAAGCUGCACUUUUGAUGUCAUCGGUUGAUUAAUCGCAAAAUUCUUCCAAAUUUGGUCUACAGUAGCUGGUUAUGGUGAAUUAUGCGUGUGCUUUUAGCCAAUCAGAAUCGGGGAAAUAUUUUAAAUGAAUAAUAAUUGAACUUAAUAUGGACAAAAAAAUACGAAGUUCUUAUUAAUUGAUUCCUCGUAGUUAAGCAAAUUUCCUCGUCGCUUUCUUAACCUACAAACAUAGAUUUCUAUCACGCCCGCAGAACUUGUUCUAAACGAUACGUAGUAUACCGUAGUGGUGUACGUUUCACCGCGGUCAAAUGAAGGAAAUUUUCAAAAGCCAGGCGAAUUACUUCCAACUGAAGAUAAGGUUGCUACUUUCAUGUUGAUCGUUGAAGGCAUUACCAAUACCAUGAUAGUUUACUAGACUUUUUGAGAGUUUACUAAAAAAUUGUAAGUGUUUGAAAACCGAAGUUAUCGUUAUUGUUGGCGCCAUUUUCCAGCUUGAUAAUCUUUCAGCGUGAAGGAUUUUUAAAGAAAAGAGCUCGAAACUUAAAGAUAUUUAUGUUAAGAACUGGUUUAUACAUCUUUUCGCAUUUUUACUCUUGCUGGUAAAUGGAAUCCCAGCAAUUAAUACAAAAGUAACGCCUUCGACGUUUGACCGCGGUGGAGAUGUAUUAGUGACUAGUAACGAAACACAGUUGUCAUGCGCUAUCGUUCGUCAGUAUCAGACAGGUCAGUCAUAGAAGGCUCUCUCCACAUUACUAUAAACACCAGUCGAUAAGAGAAACUUUGAAUAAUACUAAAGAAAUCUUUAGAGUCUAAGACUCUUUCCGUACAAGUAUAACAAGGAAUAUUUCAUUGUCAUCUCUUCAACCACCAGUCGCUGAGACGGAAACUUCGAAUACUGCAAAGGAAGUCUUUUGAGUCUCAGGAUAUAACUUAAUUUAAUUUUGUUUAACUUUUGUUGUUCUCUCCAAAAGAAACUGCGUCUAUCACAAACAGGCUUUCAGUUUGAGGAUCAGCUUGUUAUUCAACAUAACUCGGCCUGUAAGCAGUUGACCUUAAAAAGAAGGCUAUUCCAUCUUCACUGUUUCUGCUUAUGUGAUGAAGCUCUUUUAAGACACACUACACGAACUGAACAGUUAGACUAUAGUUCACAUUCGCGACCACUCGCUAGCUUAUGGAACCCUUGCAAAGGGAUAACCAAGGUCUUCCUUUUCAAAAUUUAAUAUAUCAUGCUAAAUGUAGACUUUCUAAAAGUCCUCAAUUUUUUUCCCUCGCGACCUCAUUGAAGCUUGGUUUUAAGAACUCAUUAGAGGUCGACUUGUAGCAAGUCUAUCCUAAAUGUUUAAUUCAUUAAAGUAUUAUUGUAAAG